AUGGGCUUAUCUCGAGCUUUCGAGGACUUGUGCCAAGUUCGAGCGCUGCCUGACAGCACUAAAGAUCGGGUUCACGAACUGCGGCAACAGCAGCAGGCGAGCCUCCAGGGCCUGAUACAAGCCCAGUCCAAGCAGUUCCAAAUCGCGCACGCAGGGGCGGUUGUCGCCCUCAAACGCACAAACGGUCGAUACAUUGAGGGAUUGAAGCAGGUAAUGUAUGCGCACCGAGAAGAGUCGUAUGCCUUGGCAAAGCAGGCAGCAGAAAAAGUUGCGGCGCUUCAUAAGGAAGACAUGAAAGAGAGGACGCAGCUUAAGAUCCUAGUGGCGCAAAGCAUCUCCGAGGCGUUCUUACUAGCAUCAGAGGCCGAUGUUCGCACUGAGACGUUCCAAAAGCAGUUGAAUCUCCUGGAGGGCUACAGGGGCCAUCAAUACGAUACAUGUGAACUAGAAUCUCGAAUAAAGGAGAUAGCACAGGGGGAACAGGACACAAUCAAGCGGACACGCUAUUUGAUCCAAGACUCAACAUCUAGUUGGCAAUGCUUUCAGGAUGAAGAGGAAUCUCGGCUUGCCUGUGAAAUCACAGCCUUCGAAAUGCUUAAGGCGAAGGAGGAGGAACUGCUCGAGCUCCUGCACUCUGAGGAAAUAAGGGGCAGCGAUACAGCGCAUCUGGAGAUUGCUGCAACUGAAGUACACGAAGCGGAAGUACAGAGUGCCACUUCUCGGGUUACAGAACUGCUGCUGCAGCACGCAGAAACAAAGGCAACGGCAAUGAUCAAUAUUUCUACUGGCGGCGCAUCAACUGUAGACCCAGAUAUAGCCGAUUAUUGUGCAAGCUGGGAGAAGUUGCUCGCUGCAUCAGCAUCAAACAAUGCCGAUGAGAUGCAAAGGCAAAAGGCCGCAUAUGGUGAACGCAUGCGUAGCCUUUCGAAGUCCCAAGAGGCCCAGAAAGCCUCACGGCACAGGCAGCAGCUGAAUGUGUCCCAUGAAAUUAUGGAGCUACAACAGUACCAGGGCCCACUGGCAAAUGAAAAGGGCCGCUUUAUGAAUGACUUGCUGCGCCAGCUCGCUAUCCACCAGGCGGAUGUCGAGUUUGAACUUCAGAAAGCCCAACUGGCUCGCAAGCAGGAAGAGGAACUCCGAUCAGUGGAUGCUGAACUCGAAGAGCUCGAAUCCCUCAGCCAACAGAUGCAACUGGCAGGUACCACAGAACCGCUAACAGCAGUACAAGUUGGCUCUAGCCAGCCAGCUGAAGGAGACGCUUGUAUGAAUGCAGGAAUGUCACCAGAAACUGCCGAGGGGGCACAGCAGGGGGAGGAAGGCCAACAGCAAAUCAGCACAGAGACGCGACCAGCCGAGGAAGCAGGCGGGAGCCCCAAUACGCUGGGUGGGAAUGUUGAUGGAGCCACCAGCGUGGAUUGUGGAAAUGAAGACCAAGAGGCACCGCUGCAUUCUAGACAAGAAGCAGCUGCAGAUAAACGGCGGCAGCUGGAGCUCGCGUUAGCUACAGGGGAUAUUAAGGCGGCCCAGGCGCAGCUCAUGGAAGAAUACCGAGAACGUCUCAGACAGGCUGAGACGGCCAAUGAUCAAGAGAGACUAAUACAGGAUCAGCGGGCUCAGCAAUUAGUGCAAGAAAGGCGACAGCGCCUCCUUGAGAAGAAGGCCCGCCUUCAAGCCGAGCAGCAAAAGGCUCUGGAGGAACUGGAAAAGGAGAAGCAGGUGAAGCUUGACAGGCUCCAGCAGGAACUGCAACAAGACCUUGUUGACUUUUCCAUCGAGUUUGAAGUAGAGCCCCACGAGCUGGACAAGCUUGCUAGGCAGCUUUGGACAGAAUCCCACCAACGGUAUCAACAGCAGCUGCGCGAAAUGGAGAAGAGGCAGGCACACGCUAUGGAAGAUGCGUACGACAACUUCAUUAAAGACUGGGCUACGCAUCACGACGGCGAGGCCGACGCUGAUCUCCAGUUGAGGCAUGCAGGCUGGAGGGCUGCUUCGAGACGCAUAGAAGACAGCCAGCUGCACGAAAAAUGCGAGCUGGAAGAAACGUGGCAAGCAUCGCUAGAAGGAAAGCUGAAGCUGUUGGCUGCGAAAGGCAGCGAGGCGGCUAAGGCAUAUUUGGAAGAGACGCAAGAGAAAAAGGAACAGGCUCGCUGCGGCGCCAUCUUGCCUGCAGCGAGGAGACGCAUGGCUGACGCAUGGAAGCAGCGAUUCGAGGCAAUUCACCAGGAACAGGUUGCCGCCCAAAGGGCAAUGGAGGAAAAAGAGGCGGCUUACAAGGCUCAUGUUGACGAGAGAAUCAAAGCCGUAGAGGCGCAAUGGGCACAAAAGCUAGUUGACAUGAAGAACGAAGAGUGGACGAAGCUGCAACAAGUCCAAGAGAUGGUAGAGGCCGGCUUGAAGGAAAGGAGGAAGAUGAUUGAUGCAACCAUUGAAGCAAGGUCGAAGGCAAGCAAAGACGGAGCUGGAGCAGCAGAUGGAAUGCAAGGUAAUGCUGUGCAUGAACGAUUGUUGAGUGAGCUCACAGCAGACAUACGGCAGCUUGAGCGUGCCCUCCAUGCUGAGAAGAACCGCCAGAACGCCAUCUACCACGAAAAGUUGCUCAACAGGAUGCAGCAAAGAAGGAGACGCAUCAUUAAUGACGCAGCCAAGGAACGGAAAGCCAUGGAACAAGAUGCCCUAGAACAGCAGGCACAAUUCCUCAGUCAGCAGCUUCACCGGCAACGAUUUUUGUUUGGUCGGGCAAAGACCCAGCAGGUCAGGACCACAGUGGUGGCUUUAGUUAACGGCCGAACGCUAAUGUGCGCAUUUGCUUGGCGCCCUGUUCAGCGCGCGGGUGUGGCGCUCAAGUUCUCGCAGCAGUGGCUGGCAAAAGCCCGGCAGCACCUUCGGGCUGUUGCAGAAGGCGCAGAUGAAGACGAGCAAAAGCUUCACGAAUUGUCAGAGAAGGAAUUUUUCAAAAGAUGUGCUCGCAUGCGCACAACAUUGGCGAAAAGCAUGAAGCAAAUUGAAAUCCUUAUUAGAAACUUGAUGCCCGAAAAGGGUUCACGUGAGUUAACAAAAGGGGACGGAGGGGCAAGUAUUAAGGAAGAUCAUGAAAGCCAAGCCGCUCGCCUGAAGAUGUGCCUUCAAGAGGUAUCGAAGUCUACCACCCAGCUCAACGUUGUCCAACGCAGAUUCCUUGGUCCCCGUACUCAGGCAAGGCAGCGCAUUCACAUCUGCAUCGGUCUGGAUGUGAUUUCCCAGAAGGCGGAAGCCUUGAAGAGUUUCAUCGUUGCAUGGCUGUUGCUUUUUGCACAACUUUACAAUUUACAACUUGACAAGGUCCUACAGGCAUUUUAA